CCAGGCCCUGGCGGCCAGCCCAAGAUGGGGCUGGGUCAGGAGGGCUUGUGGUUGGGUCUUUGCAUCAGGCUCAGGCUGAGCAUAAAGGAGGCUCCUGUGGGUUGGAGGAAGCAGUCUUGGAAACCAUGCGGACCCAGAGAGAAGGCCCUUUUCUGGAGUGGCGGUCACUGUUGCUGCUGCUGCUGGGCCUGAUGAUGCCUUUAGCCAUAGCCCAGACCCUCAGCUACCAGGAGGCUGUGCUCCGUGCUGUGGAUGGCUUCAACCAGCAGUCCUCAGAUGCCAACCUCUACCGCCUCCUGAGCCUGGAUUCCCAGUCCCGGGGGGAUGAGGACCCAGAUACCCCAAAGCCUGUGAGCUUCACAGUGAAGGAGACAGUAUGUCCCAAGACGACUCAGCAGACCUUGGAGCAGUGUGACUUCAAAGAGGAUGGGCUGGUGAAGCGAUGUGUGGGAACAGUCACCCUGGACCCGGCCAGGGACUCUUUUGACAUCAACUGUGACGGGCCCCAGCAUUUCAAGAAAAUUGCCCGGCUAGGUGGGCUCCUGCAAAAAGGUGGAGAGAAGAUUGGUGAAAAACUCGAGAACAUUGGCAGGAAAAUCAAGGAUUUCUUUCAAGGUCUUGUGCCCAGGUUACGGUCCUAGAGUUUGUCCCGCCUUGCCUGCCUCUGGACUCUGAAAAAUAAACUGUGUGAAAGCAA